AUGAGUAACGACGCUAUUGCCGACUUUCUUUCCGAGCAGAGAGAUGAAGCUCCCGAAGAGUUGCAGCCUCUCAUUCUCGACUUCGAGAACUUCUGGGAACGAAAGCUCUGGCACCAGCUUACUGAUGCCCUCAUCGAUUUCUUCAGCCACCCCGAGAGCGCCCCCCAAAGACUACAAUUCUACAGAGUCUUUAUUCUCAAGUUCGCCGAUAAAAUUAAUCAGUUGAAGCUUGUGGACCUAGCAUUGAAGGCAGCAACAGAGUGCGAUGAGGACGAGGAGCGCCUUUCCUUCCUACAGUCAGUCGCCAAAAAGGUGGACAACGAGAACUCUCAAGAUGCCUACGUCUUCGCUCUAGUUGCCGUCGCCCAAGCAAAGCUAGACUUGGAGGAACUAGACGGGGCGCGUAAGGAUCUUGAUACAGCCGAGAGAAUAUUGGACUCGUUUGAUUCUGUUGAGAAUGUUGUCCACGCUGCUUUCUAUGACGCAAACGCUAUCUACUAUCAGCGCAAGAUGGACUUUUCCAACUACUACCGCACCGCCCUUCUCUAUCUUGCAUGUAUCGAUAUCAGCGAGCUUUCCCCCGAGGAGCGACACAAGCGGGCCUAUCACCUCAGCAUUGCUGCUCUUGUCUCGACCAGCAUCUACAACUUCGGAGAACUCCUCCUUCACCCUAUUCUCGACGUCCUCGCCAAGAGCGAGCACUCUUGGAUGCGAGAUCUGCUUUUUGCCUUCAACCGUGGCGAUCUCGCAGCUUAUGAUCAGUUGUCGGAUCGAGUUGAUUCCCACAAACUUCUUAAGAGCAACUCGACGCAUCUUCACCAGAAAAUCUACCUUUCUGCCCUUACUGAGGCCGUCUUCCGUCGUGCGCCCCACGACCGCACCCUUACUUUUGCCACUAUUUCUCAGGAGACCAAGGUUCGUCCAGAGGAGAUUGAACAUCUCAUCAUGAAGGCUCUGAGCCUUGGUUUGCUGCGAGGCACCAUUGACCAGGUAGAUGGUGUUGCACAAAUCACUUGGGUUCAACCCAAGGUGCUCGACAUGAAACAAAUUGCCGCAAUGCGUCAGCGACUACUUGACUGGGACUCGAGCGUCAACCAACUGGGUAACUGGAUCGAGUCGGCUGGCAAGGAUGUAUGGGCCGCGUAG